AUGUUGAUGAAAGUUCGAUUUCGGAGGGUCAUACGAGUUGGACUGUGCUUUGCAGGGAUAGCAGCCCUAAUAUAUUUACUCAUACGCCUCUUCGUACCACCAAGUCAUCGCCGAAUAGAUCUUAGGAAAUAUCAAAGCAAUUUUCCCAUCCUGUCCCCUUCCAUUGAACCACGAGUUACCGACUUCGAAGACUUAUUCGUUCUGGUGAUAGUUUCAACUUCGCCCGACGACAAGAUGAAAAGAAGAGAUACGAUACGUCGUACUUGGGGUAAAUGUGACAAAACUAACAACAAUUACAAAUGGAAGGUUGUAUUCAUGAUGGGCAAAUCGUUGAAUAGCGACAUGAAUGAAAAAUUAAUGGCGGAACACAAACAGCAUGGAGAUCUUCUUAUAGCUGAUUACAUCGACAAGUAUCGAAACAUCACGACAAAACUUCUCAUGUCAUUUAAGUGGGCGACACAAAUUAGAUGUAACUAUAUUCUGAAAACUGACAGCGAUGUUUACGUUGACAUUCCCGAGUUAAUAAAAUGGAUGCUGAAUCGAGGCGAUCCAAAUUCUCUCUACGGUGGUGUUCUUUACAGAGGAAUUGUAGUGAGGGAUACAUCACACCGUCACUACGUGACUAAAGACGAUCUCUCUUUGGACUAUUAUCCACAGUUUUGUAAAGGCUCUAUGUAUGUUCUGUCGGCGAGUUUACUUCCAAAAAUGCUCGACUUAUCAAGGCAGGUCACUCGAAUUGGACCUGAUGACGCUUACGUAGGACUGUUAGCAGAUCAGCUGGGAAUAUCUCCAGUGGGAAUUGACAGAUUUUUUCAGAAAAGUCUCUUACCGUAUAUCUUCUGGUUUAUGAGUAAAUGUGAGUUGAGAGAUCUCCUUGGAAUUGGUGACUCACUUACUCCAAGUCAAUUGAACUACAUUCAUGAAGUGAAGCACGCCUCUUCUGUCUCCUACUAUCUUUGUAUUUCGUUGCUUGAGAAAUUUUUCCUAUUUAUAUUAUUUUUAAUCAUUUUAACGUGUCUGCCGUUUUUAGGUCGUAGAAGGUUUUCUACAAGGAUUUCAAAAGGAAAAUGA